UAUUAGGAAGCCAAACCCCCUCUUUCAUUCGGUAGAGAAAAGAAAGCAAAACAGGGUAGUUUUCGGGAAUACCCUUUGUUGUUGACCGCUACAUUCUAAGCUGCUGUAUUAACUUUAGCAUUUUAGUGGUUUAGUUAAGUGUGGUUAGUGUUUUUCUCUCGGGUUAUUUAGCUGCCCACUACAAUGGCGACUGUGGCUGAAAGUCCGACCGGCCAGAGGAGCACGUGCAGCAGCGGGAGCGACACACUGCUCAGUCCCACCAGGAUCACCAGGCUGCAGGAGAAACAGCAGCUCCGGCACCUCAACGACCGCCUGGCUGUUUACAUCGACAAAGUCCGCAGUUUGGAGUCUGAAAACGACGUCCUCCACCUGCAAAUCAGCCAAAGGGAAGAGGUGCGGAGCCGGGAGCUGAGCGGUCUCAAAGCCCUGUAUGAGACGGAGCUAGCCGACACCAGAACGUCUCUAGAUGACUGCUCCAAGGAGCGGGCCAGGCUCCAAAUCGAGCUGGGAAAGACCAAGACCGACCAUGACCAGCUUCAGCAGAACUAUAAUAAAAAGGACUCGGAGGCAGCUGGAGCCCAGGCAAAGUUGAAGGACUUGGAGGCUGUGCUCAACUCCAAAGAUGCUAUGCUGAGUACCGCUCUGUCUGAGAAGAGGAGUCUGGAGGCCUCACUGGCCGACCUACAAGAAGAGCUACAGGAGCUGGAUACAGGUCUUGCUCAGGCUAAGAAGCACCUUGCGGACGAGAUGCUCAUGCGCGUGGACUUGGAAAACCGCUGCCAGAGUCUGACAGAGGAGAUUAACUUCCGUAAGAGCAUGCAUGAAGAGGAGGUGAAGGAGUCCCGCCAGCGCUACGAGACGCGUCUGGUGGAGGUGGACUCUGGACGGAAAGAGGAGUACGAAUAUAAACUGACUCAGGCUCUGACUGACAUGAGGGCUCAGAAUGAGGAGCAGAUCGAGAUUUUCAAGGACAACAUGGAAAGGACCUAUGUGACCAAGCUUGAGGACCUGCGCCAGUUGUCCGAGAUGAACGGAGUAUCAGCAAACACCGCUCGAGAGGAUCUGCGAGAGUCGUCUCUGAGGAUGGAGAGCCUCAGUGCACAGCUGGCAGGAUUACAGAAAGAGUCUCAUGGUUGGCGUGAUCGUAUCAUGGAUCUGGAGGCAGCGUUGGCUCAGGAGAAAGACAAAUCCCGCAAACUGCUGGCGGACAAAGAUCAUGAGUUGGCAGAGAUACAAAACAAGAUGCAGCUCCAGCUCAAUGAGUAUGAACAACUGCUUGAUGUUAAGCUGGCUUUGGACAUGGAGAUCAAUGCCUACCGCAAGCUUCUGGAAGGAGAAGAAGAAAGGCUGAAGCUGUCUCCCAGUCCUUCAUCUCGCGUCACCGUGUCCAGAGCCUCAUCCAGCAGCCGCAGUGUCCAGACCACUCACGGAAAGAGGAAGCGCGUUGACGUGGAAGAACAGGAAGCCAGCAGCUCGGUGUCCAUCGCUCACUCCGCCUCAGCGACGGGACCCAUCUGCGUCGACGAGAUUGAUACGGAUGGCAAGUUCAUUUGCCUCCACAACAGCGGAGAUCAGGAUCAGGCCAUGGUGGGUUAUGAGAUGACCAAGACGAGUGGAAAUGCUACAGUCACCUACAAGUUCACUCCCAAAUACGUUCUGAAGGCUGGUCAGAAGGUCACGGUGUGGGCGUCUGAUGCUGGCGUGAGCUCUAAACCUCCCGCAGACCUCGUGUGGAAGAACCUGUCCUCGUGGACUUCAGGAGAGGACGUCCAUGUUGUUCUUAUCAACCCUCAGGGAGAGGAGGUGGCAAAGAGAACCACAACAUAUAAGACAUCACUCGAAGAAGAAGAAGAGGGUGAAGAGGAGGAAGAUAAUGGCGUGGAGGCCAUUGAGGAGGACCUCUAUCACCAACAGGGAGAUCCUCGCGCGGCCAAGAGAGGCUGCUCCAUCAUGUGAUGUGAUUCCAGCUCGCCGACACCGACCCUCCUCCUCUGAGCCCAGCCAGUCUGCUGCCAACAGUAAUACUACUAAUACUAGAACUAUUUUUCUAUCUUUUUGUAGUGCAUUUUAACAAAGUUGUUUGGAUUUUUCUUUUAGGUUUCUGAUAAUAUACAACUGCUUUUUGGUCAAUGUAUUUUUUUAUAUAUAAAUCUAUACAAAGAACCAAAAGGAACAUCAUUUGUAUUGGUAGAACCCUCCUCUUUUCUUUUUUGUAAACACAAACAUGUAUUUAUUAAAAAAAAGACUCCUUUUUUAAAAUAGAUUUUAAUUUUGUCAUUUUAGCUAAUUUAGCUUUUAUUGUUGAUGCUUUAAUUUUAAAUGACAUAAAACAGCCACAGGGUGUCAGUAGUGGGCUGGUUUGCUUGCUAUGAAUCUAGUGUCAUUAGGAGACUUUGGUAAAAUAAUAAUAAUUCUUAUUAUUGGAAGGACAAACUCACUCUUUGGAAACGGGAGAUUCUCCUCCAUCAGUCUGAGCCUUGAGUGGACAACAGUGAUUAUUAUCAUAUAACAUGAAAGGUUGUGUUCAGUGGUGUAUUUUGUUGUUUUUUUUAGUCUCUGUUCAGUGAUGGAAAUGUCAUGAUUUGACAUGAUUGUAUUCAUUAGGAAGUUACAGGACAGGUGAAGCGUGUACUGCUUUUAUAUGUACAGACACAAAACGGCCCGUGUUUGCAGUCGUGGCGGAUGUUGAUGUGUGUUCUUCACACAGCGUUACACAAGUCAACGCGAGUUCCUCUUUACUCGCUCUGAAUAAGCUCUGCACCUCCUAAGAAGUGUUACUCGUUUUAGGAACUUUUGAUAUUCGACAAUGUUUUGAAGUACUUGUUACGUUCGUAUGCAUGCCGUAUAAUAAAUGUGUUUUCAUGUA